AUGAAUGAAGAAAUGGAAUCUUUGCCCAAGAAUGGCAUUUGGGAGUUAAUACCACGGCUCGAAGGGAAAAUGAUAGGUGGCUGCAAAUGGGUCUUUAAGAGGAAAGAAGGAACUUUUGGAGUUGAAAAUUUUAUAUUCAAGGCAAUGCUUAUUGCUAAAGGGUAUAACCAAAUACAGGGAGUUGACUUUAAUGAUGUUUUCUCUCUUGUUGUGAAGCACUAUUCCAUUCAAUUCCUGCUGGUUGCCAUGCAUGAUUUGGAGCUGGAACAAUUGGAUGUUAAGAUAGCAUUCAUACAUGGAGCUGAUGAGGACUUGAUGUGGUUAAUGUAUUCGAGUUGUAACAUUACAAGUCAAGCUUUUCAAGUGAAGGACGACGUUGGCGCUCGCCUUGUAUACAAGGAGAAGGAGGAAGAAAAGAACGGCAACGGUCAAGCCCAACAAAUCCAUCCCUAUGAAUAUGGAAACGAAAUUCCUGUCUAUUGCAGUUUGGAUUGCGAUAAGUGUAAUGGAAUGGCAGUUUUUGCUUGUUCCAGUGGGGAAUGCGAGUUCUGUAAUGGAAUAAAGGCAACUCCUCCUCCUCCCUGUCAUCGAAGUGAGGAUAAUUGCCAGAACUAUAUGCUCUGGGAGGCAAUUUUAGGUAAUUGUGGCAUUGAGGAUUUCUAUGGGUCGGUGCAUGCAAAUUCGUUAGUCUUUCAAUUUUUUGUUCUAUUAAAUGAUUACAAGGGGAGUCCAAGAAGCCUUCUCUUUUGCUUCUUGGAGCAGCUAUCAUGUGUUUUAAGCUUUAGAGGCGAGAACACUCGUUGGACAUUUGUUGACCACUUGUACACAGCUCUGGUGAAUGCCGAAUUUUGUACUUUUAGAGACGACGAUGGGAUAGAAAGAAGAGAAAGCAUCAAGCUUGCGUUGAAGAGGGCAAUUAAAGAGUCUAAGGUUUCAAUAAUUGUCUUCUCCAAAAACUAUGCAUCUUCCAGUUGGUGCCUUGAUGAGCUGGUGAUGAUCCUCAAAAGACAAAAGAUAGGGAAUUUUUAUCAUAUGGUUUUGCCUGUGUUCUAUGGCGUGGAUCCAUCAGAAGUUAGGAAACAAAAGGGAGAUUAUGCAGAGGCAUUCGUGAGACAUGAAGCGCAAUUUAAGGAAGGAAAGUGUGAAGCAAAGAAAUGGAUGGAGAAAUUGAAAAGGUGGAGAGAAGCACUGGAGAAAGCAGUUAAUUUGGCAGGGAUGGCUUUACAUAAUCAUGCAGAUGGGUACGAGUCAAAGUUUAUUCAAAAAAUUGUCAAAGCAGUUGACGACAAGCUAAGGCCAACAAUCUUGAAUGUUGCCCCAUACCUCGUUGGACUGCAUUCUCGUGCCAGAAUGAUUAAUUUGUGGUUAGAAGAUGGAGGAAGUGAUGUUGGAAUUGUUGUCAUUUGCGGGAUUGGUGGAAUUGGCAAGACAACCAUUGCGAAAUUUGUGUACAACUUAAACUUCUCCAAAUUUGAAGGUAGCAGUUUCAUUGCAGAUAUAAAACAAGUUUCAGAACAACAAAAUGGCUUAAUUCAAUUACAAAGGAAGCUUCUUUCAGAUAUUCUAAGAGGAAGAAAGGAGAAAAAAAUAAACAAUGUUGAUGAAGGGCUUGUUAAGAUUAAACAAGUUGUAAGUUCUAAAAGAGUUCUUAUAGUUCUUGAUGAUGUGGAUAAACAAGAACAAUUAGAUGCAGUUUUUGGAAUGUAAGAUUCACUUUCUCCAGGUAGUAAAAUGAUCAUAACCACUAGACGACAACACUUACUAAGAACUCAUGAACAUUGCAAAAUACACAACGUAGACGAGUUGAAUCCUCAUGAAUCCUUAGAGCUUUUCAGUUGGUAUGCCUUUCGACAAAACUGUCCUAUUGAUGGUUAUUUGGUGCACUCAAAGAGGGCAGUAGAGUAUUGCAAUGGGCUCCCACUGGCUCUUAAAACUUUGGGUUCUUCAAUGUAUGGGAAAAGUUUAGAUGUGUGGAAAAGUCAACUUAAAAAAUUGAAAGCUAUUCCUGACAGUGAAAUUCUUAGAAAACUAAGAGUAAGUUAUGACUCUUUACAAGAUGAUCACGACAAAGAUUUAUUCCUUGAUAUUGCUUGCUUCUUUGUGGGAAAAGACAAAGACUAUACAAUUACAAUCCUAGAUGGAUGUGAUUAUUACUCAUUGAUUGGAAUUCACAACCUCUUUGAUAGAAAUCUGUUAGCAAUUGGCACAUAUAACAAGUUGGUAAUGCAUCAAAUGAUUCAAGAAAUGGGAAGGGAAAUUGUUCGACAAGAAUCACCCAAGGCGUUAGGAGAACGCAACAGGCUUUGGAAUCAUGAGGAUUCCCUUUAUGUCUUGAGGGAAAAAAUUGUAAGAAUUAACCAUACUCAAUUAUAUUUGUAAAUAUUUGUGAAUGAAUACUUUCUAAUUAUGUAUCAUUGUUUCUUCUUCUCCCUUCUUUUUCAGGGCACAAGAAAUAUCAGAGGCCUCACUUUUGAUACCCAUUUCUUAAAGGAAGAUAGAGGUAAAUGGAAUGACAUUGGGCCCCACGGAGAAAGUUGGUCUAACAAGCGCAAGAGAUAUCCCUUUGCCUUCUUCUCUAGUCUCUCUAUAGGCAUUUCUACAAAAACUUCAAAUGAAGUAGUAUUGGAAGUUGAUGCAUUUGCAGGGAUGUCCAACCUACAACUUCUGGAAAUUAGCAAUGUACGACCAUGUGGAAAUUAUGAAAAAUUUCCCAAGGGAUUGAGAUGGUUGUGUUGGUCAGGUUUCCCAUUACAAAUGAUUCCUGAUGAUUUCCCUGUGGACAGGCUAGUUGCUCUUGAAAUGUCUUAUAGUUGCUUGAAAAAGGUUUGGAAUGGA